AUGACUUUCUUCAUCAAAAACAUGCUAAGUAAUCAGGUCAAGAAUUUAGGCCUUGGCGGUGGUACAGAAGAGAAAAAAGAAGAAGGAGGCACCUCUGAUCCUGCAGCUGCAAAGGGAAUGACUAGAGAAGAGUAUGAGGAAUAUCAAAAGCAGAUGAUUGAGGAGAAAAUGGAAAGGGAUGCUGCAUUUACACAGAAAAAGGGAGAGAGAGCAUGCCUCAGAGUUCAUCUCAGAGAAAAGUACCGGCUACCAAAGAGCGAAAUGGACGAGACCCAGAUACAGUUGGCUGGAGAUGACGUGGAUUUGCCUGAAGAUCUUCGGAAAAUGGUGGACGAAGAUCAAGAAGAAGAGGAAGACAAGGAUUCCAUCCUUGGACAGCUGCAGAAUCUCCAGAACAUGGACUUGGAUACUAUCAAAGAAAAGGCUCAAGCCACCUUCACUGAAAUUAAACAAACAGCAGAACAAAAAUGUUCUGUGAUGUAA